AGUGGAACGUCGACUAACAUGGUUGGACGUGGACGGUGAUUUUACUUGCCCAUCAUCGCGCAACGGAGUGUUUCGGGAGUGCUUGGUGCGACACAGAAAGAAUCUCAACAACAUAUUUUCGGGGGAUUUUCCCAACAUUGCUGCGGAACCGUUUUUUUCUGUUUUCUCGGAGGGGAUCGUUUGCUACGUGUCACCCGACUUCGACGGAGUGCUUAUUGAUUGGAGUUGUAACCAUGUUAUGGUUGGAAAGUGCGUACCCGCUGCUGUGAUGAAGUUCAAGUGAGGCGUGAUGCCAGAAAAAGGCUGGGAAAACCUUGAAUCUGUGCGGUGCUGAAGGGGAAUAUUUCUAAGAAAAAGUGUUGCAAUCAUCUCCCGGGGAGGUGCCCAAAGUGAAUCACUUGGAAAACCAGGAAUCUCCAAAAUUGAAGAUCUGGCUUUGACGGCGCAGUUGGCUGUGAAUAAUUGAGAGCACCACGGUGGGGAUGCUGCGGAUGGAGUUGGGCUACUAGCUGGUCUCGUGACGAGAAAAUUGUGAAGCGUAACUACAAUCUGCGGCACAUCUGGAAGGAAGAGGGAGAUUUAUCAUUCAGGAUUGGUACAAGAUUGGAUAAGAACCGUCCAAAUGGAAGCUUAGAAUAAUUCCCUGAAGACCAUGUCCAACCGCAGCAGCAGAGGCAACCGUUGCAGGCAGGAAUUUUAAGUAGCCACACGCUAGCUACCUGCCGCCCUGCAAACUGGCGCCCGCAGUGCAAUUUUCGUAAAUCGCCACGCGGUCCCUCCCAUCAAGGUUAGGCCCCCUAGACUGCCAUCACAAUACCCCCUAAAUGGCCCCAUGGCGUCCUGUAGCCGUGCGCAUGCCAUCAAUGCGGUGCUGGUGGCCGGAUUUCUGCUGAUACUGCUCAAUCUGCUCGGCUCUCGCUGGGACUCCACACCGGUAGGGCUGCCACGAAUGGGAACAACCCAAUGGCCGAAACGCACAAGGACCAGUUCCGAUCGGUUCGUACAGGUCCACACGCCACAUCAAAACCGAACCAUCGAAAACGGCAACACCAGCAGCAGCAGCAGCAACAUCAACGGCUCCCGCCAGCGAGAGCUGAACGCGAGCCAUGACCCUUACUCCACUUACAAUCAGUCCGGCCAAUCGCGCCAGCCAACAAAUUCCCUCAAUAAUCAUGAUAUUCCUGCUAAUCAAUCGUUAAAAUCUCAAAAGUUCAACGAAUCUCAACCGACGGGAAGUAGCAGUAGUAAUUGUAGUAGCAGCAACAGCAACGAUACUAACCCUAGCUUAAGUAGUAAAAAUUCCACUAGCAUUAGCGAAUACAGUGAGAAUCUCGUAGAAGUUGUAAGUAGCAAAGAGCAAGUAGCCAAUAGUAGCGGUAAGAAAAUUGUUCCUGAAGCACAGCGUCAGCAGAAGCAGCAACAAAACGAAACAAUACAGACUGAUGGAAGCGGAGGCAAUGGUACCCAGCUAAUCGAUAGCCUCGUGAGAAAGCUGGGACGGGGUAGCUGUCCGCCAAUUCCGCCUAAUUUAGAUGGUCCCGUCGAAGUGGACGCCACGUACGAAACGCUUUCGUCCGUGGAGCAAAAGCUUGCCAUCAAGCUGCUUCCCGGUGGCCAGUACACUCCUCGCGAGUGCACAGCCCACGACCGGGUGGCAAUCAUCGUACCCUACCGGGACCGCGAACAACACCUGCCCGUUUUCCUGAAGAAUCUCCACCCAUUCCUUAUGAAACAGCAGAUCGAGUACGGAAUCUACAUUGUCGAACAGGCCACUGGGUCGCAGUUCAAUCGGGCAUCUCUGAUGAACGUUGGUUUCGCCGAAGCAAUGAAGCAGAAAAACUGGGACUGCAUGGUGUUCCACGAUGUGGAUCUGCUGCCGAUGGACGACCGGAACCUGUACACCUGUCCGGAUCAGCCGCGGCACAUGUCCGUCGCCGUGGACACCUUUGGCUUCAAGCUGCCUUAUAGUACAAUUUUCGGCGGUGUAUCCGCCAUGACCGCCAAGCAGUUCCGCACGGUGAACGGCUUCUCCAACUCGUUCUGGGGCUGGGGUGGCGAGGACGAUGACAUGUCCAAUAGGCUGAAGCACGUUGGAUUCCACAUUGCACGCUAUCCAAUCAAUAUCGCACGCUACACCAUGCUGAGCCACAAAAAGGAGAAGGCCAACCCCAAAAGAUACGAGAAGCUUGUUACCGGUGCAAAGCGGUUCGACAGCGAUGGUUUGAACUCGCUCCAUUAUAAGCUGAUCAACCUGAUCCGCAAACCGCUGUUCACCUGGGUCCACGUGGAAAUUUCCCAGGAGAACAGCUGAUGACAGUCAUUCCUGCCGAAUUGGCUAGGAUGAAAUGAAACGAACCCGGCCACCGAUGAUGACGGUCGGUCGGCGCACCCCAUGUGAUGCGGUGAGUGAGCAAAAACCUUUGAUUAAAAAAUAAAACCAAACCAAAACUACUCCCGACCAAAGUCGUGUCGGAACGAACGGAAUCUCCUCCGCUGCGAAGAUCUGAUCUGUGUAGUACUCCUCGUUACUCUGUACUCUUUGUAAAUUUAUAUUAGGCAUAGUAUUGUUUAGUAAUCCUACAUUAUAGAGAUCUGCGGAGGCGGCCAUUGUAAGCCAAUCGUGCAGAAAGAACUGUCAAAGUGUGAGCCAAAUGAAUAGGCUGAUCGUUCGUAAGAAGGCGUCGAUUGAACGGUAUUGCAAUCCGAGCUAAAUAAAUUAAAAUUAUUUAUUUUUAAUAUCGAGAACGGUAUAUGUAAGUUUAGUAAAAAGAUAGAAUUUAAUUAAUUCUGCUUUCAAAAGCUCAAGCUUAUGACGAAACUUUUGUUGCUGCACUUCUCGAAAAAACUUUCAUUGCUGCUUCUUGCUUCAGUUCUGCCGAUAUGUUUAGCUUAACACUUUACAAUAAAUUUCAGAUUUCAUCGAUUGCUCCGCUAUUUUUUUUCAAAAUUUUGAAAAAAAAAUCUAUUAUAAUUAUAAAAUGUAAACAACUUGAACCACUACGAAGUCACGCACAAAGUUUGAACAUCUAGCUUUGCAGCAAGUGUUGGCAGCUGAUGUAAACAAAAUGAACAGCGUUGCCGAAUCGACAUAUGUAACUUCCGCUUAUGUCUAUGUAGAGGAUUUCUAGUAUUGUUGCGUAGUUCGUUCUUUUUUCGAGCUGUCUUUUUGUUGAUCUGAUGUACUGAUAUUCUCGUGUUGAAGAGGUGAAAGUUGUGAAAAAUUACUAGUUGUAAGCUGAAAGUGAGACGAUAUUAGUAGGAAGCUGUGUUACUUAAAAGGGUUUUUCUUGAAGCGGAAUGUAUGGAGAAGAGAUUAGUUUUUUAAUCAAACUGCUAGACAAACAAUCCGGGUUUUAAACGCGCGAAUCUAUUCGUUAGUGAGUCAUACUAGGGGAUAGAGUAGUAUGUCUAUUUUUUUGCGUAAUUCUCGAACAACAGGACUAAAAAUAAUCUGUUACGAUGUCCAAAACUAAAUUACAGAACAAUAUUCGAGGCUUAAAAGUUAAAAUGUUUUUUAACAGACCAAAAACGAUAAAUAAUCAUUGAAUAACUAUCGCCAAGCGACUUCAGAUUUAAACGCCACAAUUUAUCAAAUAUACAACUACCUAUAGUUCGAAGAGUGUCUACGUCAAUCAUGCAUUCUGGUAUGCUAUUUAUACUAAUUUGUUGGUUUUCGAGUGCUAGUGGUCGCCGUCAUUACUCUCGCUUUCCGGUAGGGAUCAAACGAUUUGACAUCGGUAUGUUUCACAACGUCACAAUUCAAAAGUCAAUACGUUGGAUUCCUACCCGAAAGCGAACAGAAAAUGGAUUGCCUAAGCACUCGUAACUGAAUAUCAGUUCUCAGUCCCGGAAUUUGUUUUCUUCUCUUUGGGGCAUAAACCAUGAUCUUUCGGUUCCGUCUUAUUUAUAAAAAAAAUCAUUAUAGGAAUUCGAUGACAAUUAUAUUCAGGGAUGAAAACACUCACUUGUACUCAGAUACACUCACUUGCUAUUAUCUCAGCGCAUAUGCUUGCGAACAAAAAACAGCAAUGAAGCGAAGACAAGUGCUGCAAGUCUUGAUGAAGUGGUCUUCGAAUGAAGGUAUCUCUCCACACGAUGAAUGCAAAUUAUGCUCAUGUGGAGAGUCGCGUUCAUAGCUCAGCCACGAUUUGGGUAUACGUUUGUGAUCCUUACUUUGUUCUGCAAACUUUUAGAUAAAACUACAAAGUAUAACUACUCCAUACACUGUUUUUUGCCUGCAGGCUUCUGAGCUGAGAGAGUAGCAAAUGAGUGUAUCUGAGUACAAGUGAGUGUUUCCAUCCCUGAUUGUAUCAUUACUACUGAUUUGACUUCAUCAAAUCUUAAACAUUAACUCGAAUAUUAGAAAGAAUCUCAACUUUCAUCGUUUCGUGCAAUUGAAAGGAUUGAAAACACCAAAACACAUUUUAACCUAGUUUCUUAUUAUCAAAAAACCUUCCAAAUCAAAACAGUAAGAACUCAAAACUCUAACGUGUGCGUCCUUCAUUGAACAAUUUGUGAACCAAAAGUAACUUAUUUAGUAAUCAAGAGAAAAGUUUGUGGGCCGCCGAACUCGUUUGUAUAAUUCUUGUAUAUUUGAUUUUUUUUUUCAGAAUUUAUAAAUAAUUCGUCGAUUUUCUUCAAAAAUUAAACAAAUUCCUACUACAGACACAAUUCGUAGAGGAAUUUCUGGAGGAGCUCCUGGAGGAAUUUCUGUAAGGAAAAUUUUCAGGAAGAACUCCUGGAGGGAUUUCUGGAAAGAUUACUGAAGAAAUUUUUGAAUGAAGAUCUGGGAAAACUCCUUGCAGAAGUUUCUAGAUCAAUUCCUAGAACCUACAGGUGUUCCAGAAAUUUCUGGAUGAACUCCUGAAGGAAUUUCUGGAGAAAUUCCUAGAGAGAUUCUUGGAGGACUUGAACUUGGUGGAUUUUUGGAGGAUUGAAUGGUCGAAUUACCGGAGGAAUUUAUAGUGGAGUUUCUGGUGAAACCUUUCAGGCAUUCUUGGAGAAAUUCCUCAAGGAAUUUCGACAGAAAUUGUGUAGAAAUUCUUGGAGGAAUUCACGAAGGAAUUAUAAGCGGAAUGACUGAAGGAAGUUCUGGUGAAUUUUCUGGAUGGAUAUCCGCAGAAAUUUUUCGAGAAAUUCUUAAAGAAACCUUCGGGAGAAUUUCUAAAAGUAUUUUUGGAGGAAUUCCUGGAGAAAUUUCUGAAGGAAUUCGUCACGGAACUUCUGUAGGGAUCGUUGGAAGUAUUUCUGGAGAAAUCUCAGAAAAAAUUCUUUGAGGAACUCCUGCAAGAAUUUCUGGAGCGAUUCCUGGAGCAAUUUAUGAGUUCGUGCGGGAAUUCCCGGAGGAUUUUUCAGAUGAAUUUCUUGAGGAAUUCCGAGAGGAACUUCUAGAGGACUUCCUGACGAAACUACUGAAACAAUUCCAGAGGGAACUUCUGAAGAUGUCCCUGGAGGCAUAAUUCCUGGAGGAAUUUUGGGGAAAUUACUGGAGGAAUUUCCAAAAUAAUUAUUGCUAGAAUUUUUGGAGGAAUUCCUGAUGAAUUUCCUGGAGGAAUUUAUUUAUGAAGAAUACUCUGGAGGAAGUUUUAAAGGAAUUCCUGAAGAAAUUCUUUGAGGAAUAACUGCAUUUUUUGUUGGAACUCCUGAAGAAUUUCUGGGGAUUUCCGAAAAAAAAAUACCGUGGAAAUUUCUUAAAAAUGUCUGGGUGGAAUUUCUGGAGUUAUUUCUGAAGGCAUUUUUGAAGGGAGCUCUAGCGGAAUUCAUGGAGGAAUUUCUGAAGGAAUUUCUCUAAGACUUCAUGGAGAACUCUAAGAAUUUUGGAGGAAUUUCUGGAGAGAUUUCUGGAAGAAUCCUGAUAGAAUUUAUGAAACAAUUUCUGGAAUAACUCCUGGAGAAAUUGUUGAGGAAUUUCUGGUGAAAUUCCUGAAGGAAUUCCUGGAGAAUUUCCUGGAAGUAUUCUUAGAGGAUUUCCUGGAGGAAUUUGUAGAAGGAUUCCUGAAGAAAUUUUUGGAUGAAAUUCUGGUGGAAGCUUCUGAGGAAUUAGUAGAGGAAUCUCUGAAAGUAUUCCAGAAGGAAUGUUUGAAGAAAUUUCUGAAGGAAUUCUGACGGAUUUCUUGAAGGAAUUUAUGGUUGAACUCCCGGAGGAAUUAAUGCAAAAUUUUUUUGCAGAAGUUUCUGUCGAAAGUCCAGGAGAAAUUUGUUGUAGAAUUCACGGAGGAAUUAUUAAACAUGUUCUAAGGAAAUUUUUGGAGCAAUUUCUGCGAAAAUUCGUAAAAGAGCUUCUGGAGAAACUUCUGGAUGAAUUCAUGUAGGAAUUUCAGGUGGAAUUCCUGGAAGAAUUUCUGUAGGAAUUAUUGGUUGAAUUUUCCUGGUGAACUUCCUGGAGGAAUUUAUGGAAUUUUUUGAAGGAAAUUUUAGAGGUAUUCUCCUGAAGAAAUUCUGCAAAUUUUUUUGUCGGAACUUUUGGAGGAAGUCCUAGAAGAAUUUGUGAAGAAAAUUUGCGAGGAAUUUCUGGAGGAAUCGCUGGGAGAAUUUCUGGAGGGAUUUCUCUUGGGAAAAUCAUGAAUAAAGUUCUUCAAAAAUUCUUGAAGGAAUUUCUGGAGAAAAUCCUAAAGGAAUUCAUGGAGGAAGUUCUGGAGAAAUUUCUGGAAGAAUUCCUGGAGGAAUUUCUGAAGGAAUUCCGCUGGGUGGAACUUCUGGAGGUAAUUUUGGGGAAUUUUUUGGAUAAAUUGCUGCAGGAAUUUCUGGAAGAAAAUCUGACGUAAUUUCUGGAGGAAUUCCAGGAGCAAUAAAUGGUGGAAUUUUUUUGGAAGAAUAUCUGGAACAAUUUCGGUGGAAAUUUAUGGAGGAAUUUCUUGAAUAAUUCCUGCAGGAACUUCUGGAGCGAUUAUUGGAGGAAGUUUCUAUAAAAUAAAAUUCCUGGACGAAACCAUAAAUUAAUUCCUGCAGAAAUACCUUUAUAGUACCAGUAGGAAUCCCUUUAUGAAGUUCCAAAGAAAUAUUGGAUAUAUUUUCGUAGAAAUUUCUGAAGAAAUUUACAAAGACUUCCCCUGGAGAUAUCCCCGAAAAAAAAUCCUGCAGUAAUAUGGGGAAAAUCAUAUAAUUUAUUAAUUUCCGAAUCCCCGAAAGAAUACCUUAAGUAAUUUCCGAUGGGAUUGCUUGAGAAAUUUGCGAAAAAAAAAUCUUGUAGGUACAUUGAAAUCAAUACAAUACAUCAGUUCUCCCACAAAUAACUCCAAGAUUUCUUCCAGAAAUCACUCCAAGAUUUUCUUCACGAAUAUUUUUUUUUCUUUUUGGCUGUUAGUCUCCUCUCUCUCUUUCGUCAGGGAUCCCUCCAGGAGUUGUCCUUGGAGUAUUUUCAGUAAUUGAUCCAGAAAUUCUUCUAAAAUUCGCUUCAACAUUUUAAAAUUUCAGCACAAACAGACGUAACACUCUGAUAAAUUCCAUGUUACACCGAUUUAACGGUCUAUUUAAGGACAAGGUAUUUGGAGUACAUUGCUCAAAUUUUCUAGAGCACCGUUUUUUAGAACCGUUGAACGGAUUUGGAUGAAAAUGCAUCACGCUGUUGACCACCACUGAACAAUUAGUGUUUCGGCCGGAAAACGCGCGAAGGGAUGCGUACCGUGCCGAUACUGUCUGAGGUGAAACUUGAUCAACAGAAGAAACCUCUUCUUGUAAAAUAUUGUUUUCCUCACUAAGCCUCAGACCGAUUGCUCUAAUGGUUUGAGAGCGUAAGGUUUACUGAGGGAGUUUUGGAUUAAAUAUUUUACAAGUUCCAAGUGAACUUGUUGGGUGAGAUUCCAAAAACCUAAGGGCUGGUUACUUGCAGCAGAAGUCCUGGCCUCUUUAGAGAGUUUGGUAACUACCUUGAACAAGAGUCGUCUUGACGAGGGACGGAUAACUUUCUGAAUGAAACACUAAAUUUCAACUGACCUCUCUUCAUAUAUUUCAAACAUCCUUAUAUACUAGGCCUAUGUCUAAAAGAAUGACGUAUUAUCAUAUUAUUUGCAUUUCUCUAUCAUGUGCGGUACCUGCGUUUGCCCGUUGCAGUAGGGUCAAGAUUAGGGCCCUAUCUUUAUCAGUUGUUAUUUUUUCUCUGUCCUUUUCGUCUACUUCUACAGAGGCGACAGUCUCUUGUAAUGACUAAUCCUACAAUGUUGAGGUGAUAGAUAGACUGAUAAUUGCGUCGGGUAGACCCGUCUGCGUCAUAAAUGAAAAAUCUUGAAAAAUUAAUUUUAAUUAUAUUGCGUUUGUAACACCGGCUCCUGUAAAUGGACUAAUUUACACAAAUAAUAAGCAAUAUCUGAUAAAAGAGAAAGUAUUUCAAACAAAUCUGAUUUUUCAAAUGUAUUUAAAUAUGUGAUUGUUUUGUGUAUCUGUUUAAAAUGUGAAAAGCAUUUUUUUUUUUAAAUCGUUAUACUACUACGUCAGGAUACAUCCCCGGGGGAAGUCGCACACCGGGUACAUCUGGUUUGUCUUCCACUGCUGCCUGGGAUGGACUGGAUGGUCCUGGGUUGGCCUUGUUAUCAUAAUCAGUGGUCAUGUUAUCAUAAUCAGUGGUCGCCGUCCUGUUGAUGUUUCUGAGGGUGUUGCGAUGUGUCAAGAAGGUAGUUAGCGAAUCCCAAAACGAGGCAAGGAGUUGCCAGCCGAAUCCAUAUAUUUCAUAGAGGAUGCGUCCAUGCAUCAAUGUGUCGAUGAUAAACUUGAAGAAUCGUCCGAUCAUAUAUAGACCGAUAGCUGUCGAUGUUACAUUGCCUAUCCAUGUGGACCAAGAUAUCAAUUUACUCCAGUAUUUGUUGACCACGUUGUCGAUUAUUUUCUCAGAAACCAAAGCAUCAAAAUAAAAUCCCUGUCGGUUUGGUGUUUGUCCUGCUAAUAGUCUGUGAACAACAUUUGAUGCUAUUCUACGGUCUCCUUGGUCGUAGAUCAUGGUUUUCAUUUUCUGUAAACUUUCACUGUCGUAUACUCCACUUUCCAUUAGGUUGGGUAGAGGAGUGUAUGUCCAUUUGGUGAUGAUAUCGCUGGUGAGUUUAUGGGGUGCAACUGUUUCUCUCAUCCUGCCAUCAGUGGUAUACCAGCGUCCUCCGAUUUGAAAUUUGGCCGGAAGUAAUGGUGUACAGUCGAUCUCGGUUCCUCGUAAUUGUAGUGUACGUGUAACUGGUGCUAAAAACAUUGUCUGAUUCCCAAACUUCACCGGAAUCUCUUGAUAACAUAUUUCUGACUCUAUUGGUUUGACAUAGACCGGUUUGCAUUCGAGAACAUGCAGCACUUCACCGGCAACUACUGCUGUGAAUCCUGAUCUCUUCAUGAUGGUAUUCACGAAUUCAGUUGGAUUAAGUCGGGCUAAUGUAAGUUUCGUCUCCAUUAACGCCUUAUCAAUUUUGCACAUCUCCACCAUUACUGAAUUAUACACAUCAUCUAGCUUCUGUCCUAUGUAGUUUUCCACCAGUGUUAUUUUGGAGUUAAAGUAAGUGAAAAUAUCAUGAUUCCUGGCAUUGGUGGGUUUCUUAUGGAAUGGUGUUGAAAAUCCAACUGAUUCUAGUAUAAAUAUUCUCGGGUGAUCAGUUUUAUAACCCUGGUAUCCACAUAUUUUCGAUGUUCCUUUCGUUCGAAUGGAAAACAAGUGGGAAUCUGAUAUUGACGUAUACACGGCAGGGUUAUCCUUUCGUUGGGUAUCGAUAUUAAUUGUUUUAUUUACAGAUCCUUCGAAUAUAACUUCGAACUCUGUAUCUUCGCACCUUUGAUUCAAACUGAUAUCCCAGGUAGAAUACCCAUCCUCGGAAUCUAAACAUUUGCCAUGAGAAUAUGGACAUACUACACCAUGUCUGAGAAUGAUUUGAUCAUUUUCUGUAUCAAUCAUGGCUUCAUAAUUAUAAAGUGAAAUUUCAUAUUCGUAAUACACCAGUGCGUUAGUCCAUGUAUAUUCCGGUGUUCUGUAAGUUCCUCCACUGCAUGAACUGGACCGGAUACUGCCAAUAAUCAAUGUUUCACCUCUGGUGGUACUAUUCCUCUUUAGCUCACCAAUCCGCUUGUCAUGCGUAAGAGCUAAUGCUCCUAGUAAGUGUGUCGUUUUACAUUCUUCAGAAGUGAAUUCCUUUACGAUGUAGGAGUAGCUAUGCUCGUAGUCUGAAAUGUGUGAGUGCAUGCCGCAGUAUCGUAUUGAUCUUUUGAGGAUCACCUUGCACUGAUAGACCAUUACCGAACUUUUGGUACUUCUUUGAAGAACUUGUAUGGGAACUUCGGUUAUUGACAAGUUCUUAAUAGCAGGUAGGCAAGAUGAAACAUCUGUUAAAGAAUAACUGGUCAUAUUGACCUCGGGACUAGCGCAAUCAUAACCUAUCAGUCCUGACGUUUCCAAACCCAAUAUCGCGCAGAUGAGAUAGAAGAAUGCUAACAUAGUGAAGGUCCACAUUGGUGUUCUUAUUCUUGUCUUUCUUCUGGGUUUGUAAGAGUUUUGAGCAUUAAGUUUAUCUCUUAUUUGCUUCACCUUAUCAAUGUCAAUUUUCUGCCGCUUACCCCAGUUGGAAAAGUUUAUAUCAGCUUUCGUGAUAAUGGAAAGAUUUUCGUCCAUCUCGGUUAUCUCCUUUUCUGGGUUUAUAAUCAGUUGUUUGGAGUCGAAACAAGAUCCUACUCUUGUCUUGCAACUGUUCAAUGACGAUUUCUCAUCACGAUGAUGAUGCAACCUUGCAAGUUGAGAUGUGGUCUUGGGUUGCUUAGGUGUUUUUUCCGUUGAAGAUGAGUCACCUUUCACAUCUAAAAUUGCAACGUUACUCGAUGCUCGUGUAUAGGAUCCUUUUGAAGUUUCUAUAUCGACAGAUCUCACUUGUCCGUCUUGAGCCGUGUGUACCUUGACCACUCUUCCUUUCAACCAUUCACCUUGUGGAAGACUUUUAUCGGUGAUAACAACAAUGUCAUCUACCUUUAUAGGUUCCACCUUGUCGGUCCACUUAUUUCUUUUAAUGAUGGUAGGUAGAUACUCCUUUCUCCAUUUAUCCCAGAAGUACUGUGAAUAAUGUUGAACAAGCCUAUAGUCCUGCUUACUUAGGCUGUUGCUGGAUAGUGAAAGUGGUGGGACGUAUUCGCCUGCACGUAGAAUCAAGAAAUGAAAAGGAGUUAGAGGCUCGUCAUUAGGAUUGUCUAAUGGUAUAUGGGUGAGCGGUCUUGAAUUCAAUAUAUAUUCGGCCUGGAUAAGUGAUGAUCUUAAUACUUCGACUGAUGGAAGACGAUCUUUUCUGGCGUGUAGCAUGUUAUUUAAACAGUUUUUAAUUAUGCGAAUAAGUCGUUCCCAAGAUCCUCCGAAGUGGGGUGCCACGGGUGGAUUAAAUCUCCAUUUAAUUUCCAUUGCUGCAGCUUGCCGUUCUCCCAUGAUGUCGUUUAUCUCCUUGAUUAAUAUCUGCAUUUGUUUGUUUGCACCAACAAAAUUUGUGCCGUUAUCACUGUAGAGAUGCGAAAUUUUUCCUCUUCUAUUCUGGAAAUUCCGCAGGCACAUAAUAAAUGCAUCAGUAGUCAUGUUUUCUGCAAGUUCAAUAUGACUUGCCCGAGUCGUCAUGCAUGUAAAUAUAACUCCCCAUCUUUUUUCCACAGAUCUAUGGACCCUAACUUCUAUCGGUCCGAAGUAGUCCACUCCAGUAUGAGUAAAGGUGGGAUUCAUUAGACUCAAACGACAAUCAGGUAAUGCGGCCAUUUGUGGAUGUGCAGGUAUAGCUUUCCUAAUCUUGCAUACCUGGCAGUUGCUCUUGAUAUUUUUCAAUAGUGCCCGAGACUUAAUUACCCAAUACUUCUGAUACACUGCUGCCAAAACUGCUUCAUCGGUUUGAUGCAGAAAUUUCUCGUGGUAUCUUUGCAUGAUGAGUCUAGUGAUGUGAUGUUUAUAAGGUAGUAUAAAUGGUUGUCGAGUAGUUUCUGGUACGAUGUUCGUUUGACUCAAACGGCUGCAAAAUAUCAUUACACCUCGUUCGUUUAAUGCUGGCGUGAGGCAGGCAAUUUUGCUGCGUAUUGUCAGCCUACCGUUUUUAGUCAAAUCUUUCAUUUCUUCGGUGAAAACAUCCCAUUGUGCCUUUCGUAUCAGUAUUUGUUCCGCUACCUCUCUGUCGUCAUCACUAAUAUGUUUCUGGAAGUUUUUCUUAUCUUUGACCCAGUCCACGAAUUUCUUUAUCACGCACAUUCGGUUAAGCAACUUGACCCAACGAGAAUAUCGGAUUUCUUCGAUAAAGUCAAGAUCUGCUUCAUCCGAUGUGUGAAACAUAAGAGUGACAUCUCUAAGUUCCUCCGUUGUAUUUCGUGAAAAUCUGGAGCUUGGCCAACAUGAUUCUGGAUCCUUAAGAAAUUUUGGCCCUGAAAUCCACUUAGAAUUUUUCACCAUUUUUGUGCCUUCAUCAGCUGGAUUCAUUUCCGUAGGAACAUAUCGCCAUUGAUCCAUCGUUGUUGUAUCAAGUAGUUCUCCGAUGCGAUGUGCUACAAACUGCUUGUAGUUUCUGUGAUCUGAAUUAAUCCAAGAAAGCACAGUUUGUGAAUCGGACCAAAAUAUGGUUCUAUCCGGCCUUUUCCGUAAUUCCUUAUGGAUAGUUUCUGCCAAUCUGGUUCCAAGAAUGGCUGCCAUAAGUUCUAGUCUUGGAAUUGAUAACUUUCUAAUCGGUGCUACUCUUGAUUUGGCUGAUAGCAAUCUUACACUUGUUGUAUUAUUUAGUUUAUCAAUUCCUCUAACGUAUAUGGUAGCACAAAAGGCGUAUUCUGAUGCAUCAACAAACACAUGGAGUUCAAAUCUCCGGCUUUGUUUAUCCAUAAUACAUCUGUUGAUUACAAUAGUUUUUGCAGAUUCAAUUAGGCUGAGCCAAUGUUUCCAUCUUUUGUACAAAUGAUCCGAAAUGUCUUCAUCCCAGUUGGAAGACUCCUUAUGCAUUUCUUGCAUUAUGAUUUUACCAUGAAUGGUAAGAUGUGAAAUAAGUCCCAACGGGUCAUAAAUACUCAUGAUGAAAGAAAGAACUUCGCGUUUAGUAGGUUUUCGUGUUGAAUUUCUUACUUCCAAGGGUAACUUCUCAAAAUUCAACUCAAAACUGAAGUAAUCCAUUUUAGUAUUCCAGUACAAUCCGAGUACUUUUUCAGUUUGUGAAUCUUUGUCGUUCAGAACUCGUAUCUUUCCAGUUUUAAUGCGAUUGCUUGGUAACGAUGCAAGCAAUAUUUGUUCGUUAGAUACAAAAUCUCUAAUGAAGAAACUAGCAUGAUCAUGUAUAGAGAUUACAUCGUUAACUGUUUUGAUUGCAUUGUCCAUUGAGUCAAAACUGUCCAUGUAGUCGUCUACAUAGUGCUGCUUGAUGAUUGCUUCAGAUGCUUGGGGAUUCGAAUCCUUGAAUAAACUGGCGUUGUAGUUCUUUACUGCUUGUGCGCAUGCCGGUGAGCAUGUUGAUCCAAAUAUCAUUACUUGCAUGCAGUAAAUCUCUGGAUUACGAGUUUGAUCACAAUUUCUCCACAAGAAGCAUUGUUUACGCUGAUCUUCUUUCUUUAUGGCGACCUGACUGAACAUUUCUUUUAUAUCGGCCGCCACUGCAAUUGCUCCUUCUCGGAAUCUGAUCGUUAUGCCAAAUGAUGAGGUAGUAGCAUCUGGUCCAGCUAGUAACAUAGAGUUAAAAGAUACUCCAUUUAUCUUAGCGGCGGCGUCGAAAACUAAUCUGAGUUUUUUCUUAUUCUCUACUAUGAAAUGAGGAAGAUAAUACGCAUCAUUGGACCAACUUUUAAUUUCUGACGGUGUGAGUUUUCUAGCGUAUCCUUUGUUAAUAUAAUCUUUCAUCGUUUGAAUGGCCCAUUCUCUGGUUGCUUCCUCGUUUUUUAACUUUCGCUCCAUGUUUUCUAAUCGUUUGUAUGCGUUGUUGAAGCUUUUCGGGAACUUUGGAUUAUCGUAUUUCCAUAGCAGACCUAUUUCAUAGCGUACACCUUUCCGUUUCAACGUUUCGUCUAUUAAAUAUUUGGCUCUAAUCACUUCUUUCGACUGUGGUAAAUUCAGCGGGAUCUUUACACCGAAAUCCUCAAUAGAAAUAUGUCUUUUGAUGAGGUCUGAUAGUUCAGUGUCUUCUUGAAUCACCAUCAGGUGUUUCGCCUUUACCACUUCACUAAUAUUCCCGAAUAUCAACCAACCUAACAAAGUCUUGAUGGCUAUUGGAUUAUUGGGUCCACCAAUACGUGUUUCAUAUGGAACCAAUAAAUGGCUAUGGUUCAAUCCAAUUAAUAACUUUGGUUGUUCCUUCAGAUAGCUUUUUAUAGGCAGAUCUCUUAAGUACGAAUAUUUUUGUGCUAGUUCAUCAUAGUCGAGGGAUUGGAUCGGUAAAUGCAGAUCCUCGGCUGUUCUCACUUCAGCCAUACUAUAAAAUCGAUCUGUUGUUCCGCUUAUCUGGAAUUUUACAAGUUUGCUGUCGCGUUCUUCUCUUGAUACAUUAUUCGUCCAUUUCAAUGUGAGUGGUUCGCUGGACCCUUUUAGAUUCAAUUCCUUGGCCACUUCAUUAUCGAUUAACGUUAAAGAUGAUCCAGGGUCGAGGAAGGCACUUGUAUGAACACUAAUCGGUCCGUUUUUCAAAGUUAUAGGUAUUAUUUGAUAGAAUACCUGAUCACGACUAUGAUGAGCAUGUGUUGAUCCGGUGACUGUUUUUAUUGUUUCUUCCGAUGGUUGCCUUUCCUUGUAUGUUUUUACAAAUCCUCCAUGUAGCAGUUUAUGGUGUCGACCAGGACAAUUGUCUAUUCCGCAUUUUUUUUGUGAAUAGCAUUUUUUGUAGUUAUGUGGCUUAAGGCACUUUGUACAUAACUUAAGUUUGAAAACCUUGGUGACUCUUUCUUGUGGGCAUAGCUUCGUAAAAAAAAUAGCAAUCUUCUAUUUUGUGCGCCGAAUUGCAUAUGCGACAAUGUUCUCGUGGCUGCUCCCUAUUUUUGUCGUGAUGAACAUUCAUUCGUCCUUUUUUCUCCGGUGCCGAUGUGCACAUUUGCAUGUUGUUCAUUGCUAGUUGUGUGGCAGCGUGUGGUUUAAUCCAAGUAUUUAAUUCUGUCAAUGCAGGUUGUCUCUGAUGUUGUGUCACAUAUUUCUGGGUGUAUUCAACCCAAUUCACUUGUAGAUUGUAUGGAAGUUUCCAAAUGAGUUCUUCAAAUAAUCGCGGAUCUGUUAAUAAAUCUGCUCGAUUUAAAGUGUUCAUAUUUAUGAUGAAGCAAUCUAGCUUAUCCGCUAUUUCAUUAAUGGUUUUGUUGCCGAGUUUUUUUAUUCUUUCUAAAUCUCCUCGCAGCUCUCUGCAAAUCAUAGAAGCCUGGCCAAAUUGUUCCUCCAAUUUCCGCAUAAUGUGUGGAACAUUAUUUGCACUUAUCAUUAGCGGCUGCACGGAUUUUGCUGCUGUCCCUUUCAACGCUUUUUCCAGUCGUGAAAGAUUGUCUAAAUUUGAAUACUCGGCUUGAGUUGUUGUGACAUCGAAUGCAUUUUUAAAUUUAGACCAAUCUUUUGGGUUACCGUCGAAGUGCGGUAACUCCAUCAAUAUUUGUUUCUGGUUCCACAAAAACAUGUUGCGUUGGAAGUCUUCUUGUUGCUUGUUCUCGAUUACUUCUGGCUUCACGUUUGAUGCUGAAUUCAAUUUCAUUUGUGCCAAUUCACCCUGCAGUUUUUUGAUCAAGUCUUCCGUCUUCUUGAUGUGAUCGACUUCUUGCUCCAUCUUGGUGAUUUUCUUUUUAUAACAAUUCAUGCAUACCCAGCUUUCUUUGUCGUCCGGUAAAUUUUUGAGGCUAGCACACUUUUUGUGAUACCAAGUGUCGCAUAAAUCACAUGCAACUAAGUCAUCGUAAGUGUUGGGUUCUUCGCAGGCACCGCAGCUCCACAAAUCUUCAGGAGCGAUACUCUUUUUUGCCAUCUUAAAGGUUUUCUUGGGUUUUAUUGCCCCGGCGCAGUUUUGAGAUACCUGCCUCCGUGCCGGGAAUGACAAUUCAAUUUGUUUCCCUUCCGCAGUUAAAAAAUACCUGCCUCCGUGGUUGGGAUAGAUGAGUUUUGAAAUACCUGCCUCCGUGCCGGGAAAGACGGUUCAAUUUGUUGCCUUUCCGCAGUUUUUACGAUGCUGGUCCUGAUCCUGGUGGUCGGUGUGAUUUUUGUGAUAUUCGUCGGAUUUUUCUCGUCGACUUUUCACUUGCUGCUCUUCUGGCGUCAGCAACACCUUUUUACUUUUACUGAGUUCGCGAUUUUGGAUUCCUCUCUGGAGCCACCAAAUGUUUCGGCCGGAAAACGCGCGAAGGGAUGCGUACCGUGCCGAUACUGUCUGAGGUGAAACUUGAUCAACAGAAGAAACCUCUUCUUGUAAAAUAUUGUUUUCCUCACUAAGCCUCAGACCGAUUGCUCUAAUGGUUUGAGAGCGUAAGGUUUACUGAGGGAGUUUUGGAUUAAAUAUUUUACAAGUUCCAAGUGAACUUGUUGGGUGAGAUUCCAAAAACCUAAGGGCUGGUUACUUGCAGCAGAAGUCCUGGCCUCUUUAGAGAGUUUGGUAACUACCUUGAACAAGAGUCGUCUUGACGAGGGACGGAUAACUUUCUGAAUGAAACACUAAAUUUCAACUGACCUCUCUUCAUAUAUUUCAAACAUCCUUAUAUACUAGGCCUAUGUCUAAAAGAAUGACGUAUUAUCAUAUUAUUUGCAUUUCUCUAUCAUGUGCGGUACCUGCGUUUGCCCGUUGCAGUAGGGUCAAGAUUAGGGCCCUAUCUUUAUCAGUUGUUAUUUUUUCUCUGUCCUUUUCGUCUACUUCUACAGAGGCGACAGUCUCUUGUAAUGACUAAUCCUACAAUGUUGAGGUGAUAGAUAGACUGAUAAUUGCGUCGGGUAGACCCAUCUGCGUCAUAAAUGAAAAAUCUUGAAAAAUUAAUUUUAAUUAUAUUGCGUUUGUAACAAUUAGCGUGAUGCAUUUUCAUCCAAAUCCAUUCAACGGUUCUAAAAAACGGUGCUCUCGUAAUUUUGAGCUAUGUACUCCAAAUACCUUGUCCUUAAACAUUUGAUAGUUGGUCAACUGACCAACCAUGGCGCUCGCAUCGUUUUUGUUCGAGUUUGACGUUUGCCCACCUAGUUGAUGGUUGGCCAAACCCAACUUUUUCAGCAUUGAGCGAAAGUGCUUCCGUGACUACGAUUUGAAUCGGAUAAUGUUCGAAGUGUUACGUCUGUUUGUCUGUGAUUUCAGUUCAUCCUGAAGUUUUUUUUUAAUUCCCCCUAAAGUUUUUUCUUAGAAACUCCAUCUACAUUUCACCUUGAAAUUUAUUUAGGAGUUUUUCUAGAACCGAUCUAACCAUUUUUCCCGGCAAUAAAUCCCUACAGGACAUCCUCAAGGAAUUCUCCUUCGAAGCCCAACCUAUUUUUUUUUCGAUCAGAGAAGUACUCUAAGAGUUCUUCCAAAAAUCCCUCCAAGAUUUUCUCGAAUACCUACAUUCAAGAGUUCCACCAGGAGGUUCUCGAGCAGCUCCUCUAGGAAUAAUUUGCUCUAGGAGUUUCUCUAAAAAUACCCCAAUAACCUCCCGCAGAAACUGCUGACGAAACUUUCGUAAGAAUUGUUUGUUCGGAUCAAAGUUUCGCAUCAAAAAACUAUCUUUUCUAAUCAACCGUUUUGCUUUUUGGCAUACGUCUUUCCUGGUUACUCAAACCUAGCUUUUAGUUUAUGCUCCUGUCAUUGUUGGUUCCAGGCCAUUUGGCCGAACGCCAUUUGGCCGAAAGGGUUAUUUGGCCGAAUGCCAUUCGACCGAAUUCCAUUUGGCCGAAAAAUGAAUGAUGAACUUAAGUGACCAUGCCACUGUUCCCAGCCUCAGUAUAAGUCGAAAGAGCAGCCUAUGAGUCGAAGAAGGAAACAUCUUGGAUAAAAUAUAGGCAGUUUCAACGCCAACUAAUCCUUGAAUAUUGAAACUAGAAAGAAUAGCCUAUGAUUAAAAGAAGGAAAUAUUUUUGAUGAUCAUAUUGGCAGUUAGAAUGUCAAAAACUUCUUCUGAAUUCUUUUGAUCUCGAUUCGGCCAAUCGGCAUUCGGCCAAACGACCCAUUUGGCCAACUGUCGUUCGGCCAAAUGGCAUUCGAUCAAAUGGCCGGCACCGUCAUUGUCAACCGACACUUACAAUAACUCCUCGGUCACUCGUCUUGGCUUAGGCUUUAGCAAUCAAUGGCACUUGUCUUCAGCUUCGCAUUAUUGACAGCCAGUUUGCAUUCCUUCCCACUCCAAGCGGGUCCCCCCACAAUCAACGAUCGAUGGCUUUUCGACUGCCUGCUCGCCCAUACACUACGAUGUACCUUCUUUUUUGCUAGGACAUGCUUUUGAAGUAACUCAAGAAAAUUUUGUCAAGGUAUAACUCCAGAAACUUCCUCCAAAGACCACCUCAAGGACUUCCUCCAGAGAUCUCCUCCAGAAUCCUAUCUCUAGAAACUACCUUCGAGAUCUUCCUUGAAAAACUUUCAGCAAGAACAUCGUUUAGAAGCUAGAAUUUCUCUAGGAAUUGCUACGAAAAUUACUCCAAAGUUUGCUUUGACGAUUUUUACAGAGUUAUGAAAAAUUUUAUGUAGGGCUUUGAAUAAAAUUUUCCUUGAGGAUUUCCUGAAGGGGAUUAGGUACUGCCGGUAAAAACUUUUAGGUGGGGAUGACAAGAAGAAUGUUCAGACGAAAUGUAGAUGAAUUUCUAUAGGAAUAACCUUGGGAAGAAUUUUCAGAAAACAAUUCUGAAUGAAUUACUUGAGGAUUUCUUCAUUCAAAUAACUUCCACAGAGAAACAAACACGUAACACUUGGAACAAACACGUAACUUGGAACUUGGAGCUUGUACGCCAGAUAUAUACCUCAGUCAUCUGGUGCAUGGUGGCUCCAACGAGGAACUUGAUCUCCAACGCGGAACUCGAUCGUCAAUGUCAUACACUUUUUGAUUCUUUGAUAGUCGCACACUUCAUCUUUUUUCAUUGAUAAGAAACGUAAUCUGAUAGCGUUGUUACUUAUGAUCUGCAUUUUUUUUAAUCUACCCUUUAUUAGAGAUUCGCUAUAUACCUUUUGAAGGUAUUAUUUAUUUCCUUUAGAUAAGAAAAAAAUGGCGUACAAUCCCAUUCGUUUAUGAUUUCUUGUACACCGAGCGGUUAAAAGUAAUUUUACAGUCCAAGAAAAAAAACCCUAGUGCUUUCAGUUGAAUUCCCGUAAUAUAAUAGUAAUAGAACCAGUUGAAACAAAGUUAUACCAACAGCCACCAUUUUAUAGUAUUACCCAAAGACAAUAUCGCACAAGAAAUCAAACAGUGUUUCCACUACUCAAUUCCUAACAAAAACCAGUUAAUAUACCGUAAUAUCAAGCAAGAUCUACCACAGUUUGAAGUUAUAUUUAAUAUUUUCAAAAUUUUGUCCUCCGGUUGUAAACCAACUCUUCUACGCUGUCUAACGUCUUUAAAAGCGUUGCAAAUUUCAUUCAAAGAUAUCCAAGUAUAACCCGUAGACACAGGUAUAGAAUCUUCGUUACAAAACAUCAUGUUGUAAAGCCAAUCCAAUCAUUCAAAUUUAUUUAUAUCUAGUAGGUUUUUUAAGUCAUUUUUCGAAAUUUAGAAGAAAACGCGUAUUCGAAAAGUGCCAUAUCAUGCAAGGAAUCCAAAAUGAUAAUAAAUCAAUAAAGAACGAAAACAGUAAAAACACACCUUGCGUCAAUAAAGCUACCAUUGAAAGCACAAAAAGGAAAAGGGCACCAGAAACACUUUAAUUGAAAUAGAAAUCAAUCAAUAAAAGCGAAAUCAAAGACAAACAAACACAAUUACAUAUAGUUAAAUUACGGAACUUUAUUUCUGUAGCGUAACAGGUGAUACUUUAAACACUAAAAAAUGCAAACAAAAUCUUUUUCCAUAGAGAAACGAUUAAACUGAGAGCAGUUUUAUAGACGAACUCCA